UUGGGUGCAGUUCGCCAUAAGAGAGAGAGAUGGAUAGAUAGGAGUGUCACGCGCGCCAACGGGAUCUUUUCCUACCUUUUCUAGCUUUCCCAAAGCUGGUUAAAAUCACACGGCUGGUACUACUACAUCCCAAGGGCAAGAGUGCGGCGCCAGCAAGUGUCUAAGACGUGAUAGUGCAAAAGGGCCCCACAGCGGCGGUUUUGGAGGGUCUAGUCAAGCAUCGCCAAGUGCUACUCAAGAAUCUGUGAUUUUCUUAUUUUACUUCCCCCACUGAUUGUGAUAUAUAUAAAUCUUCGCUCAUUGAUAACCUACAAACCGUCAAGAUGGUGCAAGGAGACGUUACAAGUGUUCUGAGAGACACGACCAACCUGGAGCAGGUGCGCGAGGAGGCGAAGGAGAGACGUAAGAGGAGGAAGAAGAAGCGUUCCGGCUCCACCCUUAUUGCCAGUGUCUUUAGUGAUUUGUACAAACUUACUGGUGAGGUGUUGGGACAGGGUGCAUAUGCUUCAGUGCAGACGUGUGUCAACAUCUAUACAGAUAUAGAGUAUGCAGUUAAGAUUAUAGAGAAGGUGCCAACACACAGCCGGACGCGAGUCUUCAAGGAAGUGGAGAUGUUCCACCACUGCCAGGGGCACAAGAACAUCAUCCAGCUGGUGGAGUUCUUCGAGGAGGAUGACAAGUUCUACCUGGUGUUCGAGAAGCUGUACGGCGGCCCGCUGCUGUCCCACAUCCAGAGGCGGACGCACUUCACCGAGGCGGAGGCGUCCAUGGUGAUCCGGGACCUGGCCUCGGCGCUGGCCUUCCUGCACAGCAAGGGCAUCGCCCACCGGGACCUCAAGCCCGAGAACAUCCUGUGCGUGUACCCGGACCAGCUGUGCCCCGUCAAGAUCUGCGACUUCGACCUGGGCUCCGGCAUCAAGUUCAACUCGAACCUGAGCUCCCCGGUGAUGACGCCGCAGCUGCUCACGCCCGUGGGCUCGGCGGAGUUCAUGGCGCCCGAGGUGGUCGAGGGCUUCAUCAGCGACGACGCCGGGCCCUACGACAAGCGCUGCGACCUCUGGUCGCUCGGCGUGGUCACCUACAUCCUGCUGUGCGGCUACCCGCCCUUCUGCGGCAACUGCGGCGAGGACUGUGGCUGGGAGCGGGGCGAGGCGUGCCCGCAGUGCCAGGACCUCCUGUUCAACAACAUCCAGGACGGCAGCUACGAGUUCCCGAAGCCCGAGUGGGCCUUCAUCAGCGAGGAGGCCAAGGACCUGAUCCGCAACCUGCUGGUCAAGGACGCCUCGCAGAGACUGUCUGCCGAGAUGGUGCUCAACCAUCCCUGGGUCAAGAACGGGGGCCCCACCACGCGCCUCGAGACGCCCAGUGUCAUCAGGAAGAACCACAGUGCGCAGCAGCUGUCGCUGUUCGCCGAGUCGUGCAUGGCCCUGAACCGCGUCCUUCUGCAGCAUUUCAGCAUGAACCAGGAUGAGGACAAUGAGAACCUGGACAAGGACCCGCCGUUCGGGCUGUCGCCACCCUCGGAGUCGCGGCUGGCCCAGCGGCGGCUGCGCUCGCUCAGCCUCAACACCGAGCACCUCGUUACUGCCACAGGCUAACUGGCCCCCGCGCCAGUCACUCAGGGUCAAGGGGGCUGCGCUCCACCCGAACCAGCGUGGCUGCGGCGCCCCCUUUUAUAUAGUUUUCAUCGUUGUUUUUGGCUUACACGCCCUCCAGCGCCUGGGGGACGGCCUCGCUGCUUGCGGGAGCCCCGGGCGGCCUUGUGUUAGCUGAGGGCGUGCGGAGGAACCCAAGCAGCGAGACGCCGCCGCAGGGUAAGAGGGCGGCAUACUAAGCCUCAGGUUUUUCUACCUUGUAAUAUUUACAAUAAUAUCAUAUAAUGGAGGUUUAGCCAGCUCAUUAAUGAUCAAAUACUAAAAAAAUGCCAAAAAAAUCUAUAAAAAAUAAUUGUUUAUUAAGUUUGAUAUAUAUGUAGGCACAAAAUUGAGAUAUAUUUUCAUAUGAUAAGCUUUAUUGAGUUCAGGACAUAAGCCAUCAAGUCAGUAGGAAACCCUGGAUUCGUCAAUUCUUUCUUUUUUUAUAUAUAUUUUUUGUGUGCCAAUGUCGAAAAAAAACUAUUGAGAAUCGUGGGCUACAACCAACAAAUUAAGUACAAAGUUUAUUAAAAAGAAAGAGAAAUCCUUGAAUCUGUCCUGAAUGCCACUCUAAGCUAAGGUUUCGAAAAAAAAAUGCGGUAGUGUGACAAAGUCCCCACUCCUUCCCCUCUCCUCACCCCCUCCCCUGUACCCCCUUUCCUCGUCCUUUCCCGUUCCCCAUUUUUUAUUUAAAAUUUUUAUGUCCUGUUCCUCUUGUCCUCUUAUCCUCGUCCCCCUCCCCUUCCUUCCUUCCUUCCUUCCCCACCCCUUCCCCCAUAAACCGUGGAUGUGUGUGUGUGGAUCGCAAGGCAAGGGGCAUUGUGAUAAUUUAGUGUGUAAGGUGAAAGAGGAUAACCCCCCCCCCCAGCACCUAGAGUCUCUCCUCCCCCUCCCCCCAUCCACGAGAAAUCCAGUCGUAACAGUUAAUGUAAAUGAUACAAAUACAACUUCUCCUUUGUGUGUGGUGCUUCGUAACUUAAGUUUGAUAGUCUUAAAGAUAAAAAAAAACUGAUAUUGAUAAUUCUGGAGAGGCGAAUGAAAUAACCCAGUAAGUGCCUAUACGAUUUUAGGAAAACCAUAAAUCGUUUUUUUUAUUAUAGUUAUGAUUAUGAUUCAAUAUUUUUUUCUAACCAUGAAAGGAACCUCAAUCCCCCACCCCCCAUCCCAGCCCUAAAGAAAAAGAAUAGGUAAUUUUUCAACAACUUUCAUAGUGGGACGAACAGUUUGUACUUGAUCUUUCAAAAACUUUUCCUCUCCCUUCAACAGAAACCAGAGGGUCAUUCGAUAGUCUCAUCGAGUUUGUGGUUUAGAAUUGUUUUGAUUCGGCAGGUGGUUAAAGACUAAAUUUUAACGAUUGAUGGCUCCGUUCUAGUCACGCCUGGUGAUAGAACGAGGUUUUGUACACGAGCCAGACUUGCUAUUUUUUGCGGAGGGAAAUAAUACCCCUCCAUCACCCUCCCCUUCCCUUAUUUCAACCACUUAUUUCCUCUCCCCCCCACCCCUCAAUCCGUCAAAAGAGCCUUAAAAACAGGGAAGGAAAGAUUUUAAAAAAUAAUAAGUUAAAAACCCUCUGGUUGCAAUGCUAAUAAUUGCCUAGAACUUGUCCACCUGACUGUACUUGUGUCCAAAAAGCAGGGAUUUUCAGUACGGAGGAUAGGCCUUUUGGUGGUGCCCUCCCUCCCCCUCCCCCUCCCCCAUGUUAGAAAAAAAACUGGAACACCCAAGUAAGAGAGAACAUAAUCGUAAUUGAUAAUGUAAAAAAAAAUCUAUAUAUAUUAUAAUUAGUGAUCAUGUAUGUACCUGGAAUGCCAUGCUAGAUGCAUUGGCCUUGCGUGCACGUUGCCCAGUCAUGUUGAUCCACACACAUUGGUUCCCCCCCUUCCCCCCUCUCCCCCUCUCCUCCCUCCACCCCUACACACAACCCUUGAAAAUAGGAUAUUUAGAAUUACGUUUUUGUUACUGUUUUCUAUCUUUUUUAUACAUUGGAAUAGGAGAUAUUAAAAAAAAGUAAAGUGUUGAUUACUUUUUCUGGAAUUUUGAUUGGUAUUGUCUUGGCCAAAAAAACAUCAUGUUUUUGUUUUCCUGUGGGGGUAAAAAUUUGUCACCCCCUUUAAACCCCCCUGUGAUUUUUUUAGAAUGUUUAUUUGGUUUUAUUCAUGUAUUUUUGGCUUUUUUUUCUCUCUUCUUACUGGUUUUCUACCUUGUUGUUUCAAAGGUAGCUGUAGUUGUACCUUUCAUUUAGUAAGGUAAAAGACUAGUAGGUGUUUCAAAGGAAAAAAAGAAAAAUGUUUAAAAAGUAUUUUUUCGGGGGGGGAUGUUAACCGUUGCUGUUGGUGUGGUCUCGCCUAUAUAUUUUUUUCUUCUCUCGCGCCCCCCUUCCCCUCUCCCAAGCCCUCCCCCUUAGUUAUAUAUAUACAUUAUCUCUCUCGUAUCUCUCCAUUUCGAUCCUCCAAGCUGUUAUCUCAGACAGGCUGAUUCACGAGGCGAGGGACUGGAGAGAACCUCGCCAAAUCGAGACACUUCCUUGAAAACCUUUCCGAUUGAGACGGCGCGUGGAAGGCCGACUGCGCGCUCUCGGACCUUGCCACCGCAUAUACAUGUAUUGUUAUAAAGGUCCUGUAAAAGGUCCGAGAGGUGCGGGGGUCAGUGGCGAACUUUUUCUAUAUUGUGCAGUGACUGAGGAAUAGCAUUCUUGGAGGCUAGAGAUUUUGUUGAGAGAGAGAGAGAGGGAUAAAGAGAGGGAGGAGGAAAGGUGGAGAAGGGUAGGGAUGGAUUCAGAAGUAUAUGGAUAGAGAGAGAAUGAAAGAAAGAAAAGACUUGUUGGUUGAUGACAAGGGAGAGAGAAAAAGAGAGAACUUUGUCAAAAAAGAAAAAGAAAAAAUCCUCUUUUCCUCGCGCCCCCUCGUCUCUAACGUCCAACGCAAUGGUUGGGUUUCGCGAGUACGCUCCCCCCCCUCUUCCCCCCCCAUUACAUUCCUCAUCACUUCAUCGCCAUCACUUUUUUCACCUCGACAUCACCAUCGCCAUCCGAGUCAUCCUGCUCGCCAUCCAUCACCAUCACCAUUUUUAUCUCGCCAUCAGCACCACCAUCAUCAUCGUCAUCGUCAUCGUUAGUGCAGUGAGGUGGCUCCACAUUAAAACGCUGGUCCAUGGUUUGUCAAAGCGACCACAAUCUCAUAAUUUUAGAGCCUUAAGUGUUAGUCAGGACUACUAUUACUAUUACUUUGGAAGAGAUUGUUGUAAUUAUUUUUCACACAUGUAUUAUUAAUAUUCUUUUCCUUAAUUUAUUUAAUGAAAUAUUUUUUUGUCAUUUUAUUAUUUACUCGAAUUUUUACUUCCCCUCCCCUUUUCAUCUUGAAGAAAAAAGUUUUUAUAUUCUUCAUCAUCAAAGUCAUUAUAGAAGCGUAUAGUUAUCAUUGUUAUCACAAACUUGUUCAUUAAAUCAUCAUUUUCAAAAUAAAGAAAAAAAAACAUCAUGCCAGGCUUGUUUGCCAUAAAGGUUGUUUUCAAUAAAAUGUUGAAAAUAUACAUUAGACUUUUGAGAACCAUCACACCCCCUCUUUGAAAAGAAACCUAAUAGGCCAUUUCGUCCUUAUGUAUUGAACUCGGACUGUUACUGGAGAUAGAAACCACGACACUAGAAAGUACUUCGAUGUUUAGUGAUCGAUUUUCAUAAUGUUUAGUGAUCGAAUUUCAUGCAGACUAAACUUCCGAACGAUUUCAUUACGAACGAAACACGUAUUGAAGGAAGGCCUGGGUUUUGUCAUCGUAAAUUGCUAGUACUGUUCUACUUUUUUAUUAUUCUUUUGGCUUCUGAUUCUUCAUCUGUGACAAAAAUUCAUGUGAUAGUUAGCUCAAGGAACCACCACACUGCUGUCACCUCAUGAGUCGUCUUCCCAUGUACCGCCUACAUCAACAUAGGCUGUAUGAGGAGAGAAAAAUAACAUUGAAAGAAAGAUUAAAAAAAAAAGUUAUCUAUCUGUGGCGCCCCCUCCCACCCCCCUUUUUUCUCAUUCUCAUUCGUGAGGAGGGAAGGAGGAGAAAGAAGAGGAGGUACUUAUUGUUGAAGUGAAUUUGAUAAGGGAGGAGAGUGUAUAGAGGAAGAGAAAGAAAUGGUGUAAGGAAGGUAGAAGAGAGACGGAGGAGGAGGAAGAGGGAGGUGAACGAGUGAUGUAUUUAUCUGAGCCUGUAUGUGAAAGAAGCCCCACUGUGACGGAGAAAGAGUGUAUAGUGUAUCAUUGUAUACUCCGAGCCAUACGUCCCGGGCAGUCUUAAUACACUGAGGAUGGUGAUUGGUUUUGGCUCAACACGCUCGUGACCUCCCCUUUCUCCCUCCCUCUCUGUUCUCUCGCAUCUACCCUUUCUUUUUUUUGGACUUUUCCAUCCACUCCUCUUCCCUUCUCUUCUUCCUUCUUUCUUCGCCCGUUUAUCCCUUCUUCCCUUCCUCUUCCAAUCGGCAGAGGUCGCGCAACUGCUUUCGAAAAGAAGACGAUGUGUUUCAGGAUCGUUUCUUUACCAUAUACGGAGUCAUGUUUGUAAUAAUAUCAUUUCCGCCCGUGUUAAUUUAUAUAAUUAUGUGAAUAUCUCGACAUGAAUAGGGGGAUUGUGUCCCCCUUUAUGGUAUAUAUAUAUAUAUAUGCGCGCACCCAUGUGUUGGAAUAUAUGGAGGAAGCAAGGUGCCAAGUUCUGUGAAGUAUCUCAAGUGUUUUUAAAACAAAAAAUACUUGGAAGGUGGAGUAAAAACAAAGCCAUUUCUUGUACUUGACCCUGUGCUCUGGAACACCUCAAUAAAUAGAGCUCAAGCAGGGAGGAAGUGCAAAUAAAAGUUAUCUUUUUAAUAA